AAGUCAGCGUAGGGCACCACCGGCACGGGAUGAUGCAGGCCCACGAGCUGUUCCGGUAUUUUCGGAUGCCAGAGCUGGCUGACUUCCGACAGUACGUUCGCACGCUUCCCACCAACACGCUCAUGGGCUUCGGCGCGUUCGCUGCACUCACCACUUUCUGGUACGCCACGCGGCCCAGGGCCCUGAAGCCGCCAUGUGACCUCUCCAUGCAGUCGGUGGAGGUGGCGGGCAGUGAUGGCGCUCGGAGAUCCACGCUCCUGGACAGUGACGAGCCCAUGGCGUAUUUCUAUGACGACGUCAGAACCGUAUACGAAGGUUUCCAGAGGGGCAUCCAGGUGUCGAAUAACGGCCCUUGCUUGGGCUCUCGGAAGCCAGACCAGCCCUAUGAAUGGCUUUCCUACAAGCAGGUGGAGGAGAUGUCGGAGUGCGUGGGCUCGGCGCUGAUCCAGAAGGGCUUCAAGGCUGCCCCCGACCAGUACAUCGGCAUCUUCGCCCAGAACAGACCGGAGUGGGUGAUCAUUGAGCAGGGAUGCUUUGCUUUCUCCAUGGUGGUCGUUCCCCUCUACGACACCCUGGGAACCGAAGCAAUCACUUACAUCGUCAACAAAGCUGAACUCUCCCUGGUUUUUGUGGACAAGCCAGAGAAGGCCAACCUGUUGUUGGAGGGUGUAGAAAACAAGCUGACCCCAGGCCUUAAAGUCGUGGUCCUCAUGGACUCCUAUGGCAGCGAGCUGGUGGAACGCGGCAAGAAGUGCGGGGUGGAGAUCACCAGCAUGAAGGCCAUGGAGGACCUGGGAAGAGCCAACAGGAAGAAGCCCAAGCCUCCAGCACCUGAAGAUCUUGCAGUCAUUUGUUUCACAAGUGGAACCACUGGCAACCCCAAAGGAGCAAUGAUCACUCAUCGGAACAUAGUGAGCGACGCCUCGGGGUUUGUGAAAGUGACAGAGAACAUUGUCAAUCCCACCCCAGAUGAUACUCUCAUCUCUUUCUUGCCUCUUGCCCAUAUGUUUGAAAGAGUUGUCGAGAAGGUACUUGGCCUGAAUGCCAGUGACACACACAUUUCGUUUUUACCACUUGCACACAUGUAUGAGCAGCUCAUGCAGUGUGUGAUGCUGUGCCACGGGGCAAAAAUAGGAUUUUUCCAGGGAGAUAUCAGGCUGCUCAUGGAUGACCUCAAAGUGCUUCAACCCACCAUCUUCCCCGUGGUCCCGAGGCUGCUGAACCGGAUGUUCGACAGAAUUUUUGGGCAGGCAAACACCACACUGAAGCGGUGGCUCCUGGACUUCGCCUCCAAGAGGAAAGAAGCAGAGCUGCGCAGUUGCAUCAUUAGAAACAACAGCCUGUGGGAUAAGCUGAUCUUCCGCAAAAUACAGUCGAACCUGGGAGGGAAGGUCCGACUGAUGAUCACGGGGGCCGCGCCCGUGUCCGCCACGGUGCUGACGUUCCUGCGAGCCGCGCUCGGCUGUCAGUUCUACGAAGGCUACGGACAGACCGAGUGCACGGCCGGUUGCUCCCUGACCAUCCCUGGAGACUGGACCGCAGGCCACGUCGGUGCCCCCAUGCCGUGCAAUCUGAUAAAGCUCGUCGAUGUGGAAGAGAUGAACUACCUGGCUGCCAAGGGCGAGGGCGAGGUGUGUGUGAAAGGGCCAAACGUAUUUCAAGGCUACCUGAAGGACCCGGCGAAAACAGCGGAAGCGCUGGACAAAGACGGCUGGCUGCACACAGGGGACAUCGGGAAAUGGUUACCGAACGGGGCCUUGAAGAUCAUCGACAGGAAGAAGCACAUAUUUAAGCUGGCACAAGGAGAAUACAUCGCCCCCGAAAAGAUCGAGAACAUCUACCUGCGGAGCGAGCCUGUGGCUCAGGUGUUUGUCCACGGAGAGAGCCUGCAGGCCUUUCUUGUCGCAAUCGUGGUUCCCGACGUGGAGACGCUGGGCCGCUGGGCGGGGAAGCGAGGCCUGGCGGGGUCCUUCGAGGAGCUGUGCCGCAGCAAGGAGGUCAAGAAAGCCAUCCUAGAGGACUUGGUGAGGCUGGGGAAGGAGUCUGGCCUGAAGCCAUUCGAGCAGGUCAAGGGCCUCGCUCUCCACCCUGAACUGUUCUCUAUCGAAAACGGCCUCCUGACCCCGACGAUGAAGGCGAAAAGGCCAGAACUUCGGAAUUACUUCAGGUCACAGAUAGACGAACUGUAUUCCACCAUCAAGGUUUAAGGGAGGAGGAGCUCGGAGAAACCACAUACCUCCGCCGUCUCCUCCUCCCGGUGGCCUUCACGUGGGCGAUUUGACUACAGAGCAUAGGGAAGGGCGCCGUGUGUGACUUGUGCGUCGGGUUCUUGUCAUAGGAAUAUUAGAGGAAGCGGGACUCUGCCUUGCAGUCGCCGGGCGUGGCAGACCAUGUCCCCAUGUGGUGAUACACCAUUUCCAAAACGAGCCUUAACAAUUGUCAAGGGAAACUUUACGUGUGCUAGGUUACUCGCGAUUCCUUGGGUCCGAAGGCGGAUGUGGAACUUGUCCCCCUGUUUUCCCAACCAAGGGACUCGGACUUGCUCUUUCUGAAUGUCUGCUGCUUGCUGCAAACCCUGCAGCUGCCCGCUGCUCGGGAGUCUGUGCACUGGAAGGAACCUGUCCCUCACGAACAGCGUCCGGCUGGAGACCGUCACACGCGGACCAGAGAUUGUUUUAUCCCUGUCACCUCCCCUGCCCCCCGCCCCCACGCUCACGCCCCUCGGAUGAAGGCUUCUGGAACACCUGCUCUUCCUCCCGACUCUUGUUCCUGUUGGCGCAGAAGGUUCCCACGAAGCCCAGGACAGACGGACUCCGGACAGUGUUGACACCGAGUCUCAGGCGCGGGCCGCUCCCGGCGCCCACGGAGCAGCGUGCUCUCGGGGCUCCUCUCCGGCCCGCCCGCCCUCUGUCCCCGGGGUUGUGAGAAAACCUGCCUUACACUCGACAGUGAGGACAAGCAUUUCAAGAAGGAAAGACUCACCUGGCAAGACCACGCUCAACUGUGACGCCUCAGCAACUGUCCACUUCAUCUCCGCUGAACAUCCCUCUGUUUGUGGUGGCCCACGGGUUUUUAAUGUGGUUCUCGUAUCAGAAGUUCACGUUGUGAGUCACUGGCUUUUCCCCAGAGUAAACUCUCAGGCAAGGCGUGUCUUCGAGGCGAUGAGGGCGUGGAUAGACGUGGGCACGAACGGGAAUGGACGGUAAUAAACUCGCUCUCCUGCCUCACGCUGCCUGGCUCCUGUGAAAUGAUUCGGCAAAAGCCAAAUUCUGGGGUGGAAGGCCGGCACUCGCUUCCUGGGAGCCGCGCCUCCCGGGACUCCUUUCAGUUAAUUUGGGAAAUUAGCAGCAUUUCACUCACCGCAGGCCUCUGCCACGGGCACGGGAGUCCGUUGUCAUCAUGCACUUGAAGCGGUCGCUUCUGGGCGCGAGCGCACGUGGCGCACAGCACGGGGGUCGCGCUCACGUCCUCGGCAUGUGACGCUCCGUAGCCUAACCCGAGUGUACGUUCCUCACUGCACAGUGUCAGUAACUCGUCACAUGGGGGUUUCGAAUGUUUGCUUUAAGUGUUGGCUAUUUCUAUGUUUUAUAAACCAAAACAGAAUUUCCAAAAACAAUGAAGGAAACCAAAAUAAAUAUUUCUGCAUUUCA